AUGGCCAAAUACGAGGCAUGCGCCCUCGGGAUCCAAGCAGCAAUUGACUUCAACGUCAAGUUGCUCAAAGUGUAUGGAGACUCAGCCUUGGUGAUUCACCAGCUAAGGGGAGAAUGGGAGACUAAGGAUCAUAAGUUGAUACCCUAUCAGACUUACAUCAAGAAGUUGGUGGAGUUCUUCAAUGAUGUCUCUUUCCACCAUGUUCCCAAAGAGGAGAAUCAAAUGGUCGAUGUGCUCGCCACUCUGGCAUCCAUGUUCCAACUGACCCCACAUGGGGACUUGCCAUACAUCAAAUUUAGAUGUCGCAGCAAGCCCGCAUAUUGCUAUUUAAUAGAAGAGGAACAAGAUGGUAAACCUUGGUACUUCAACAUCAAGCGAUACAUCAAAGACAAGGAGUAUCCACAGAAGGCUUCCGACAAUAACAAGAGAACAUUAAGAAGGUUGGCAGUCAGUUUCUUCUUGAGUGGAAGCAUUUUGUACAAAAGGAACCAUGACAUGGUUUUACUCUGA